AUGUGGAGCAGCACACGCACAGGUGUGACCUCCCAAAGUGACCCCGGACACUGCCAAGCAUCUGUGGUUGGAGGGCGCAGCUGGAAAUCUCGCUUGGUUGAAGACCAUUCGCAGAGAUGGGUCAGUCCUGCGAGGUCCUGGAGGUUGUACUGUGCUGGAAAAGGCCUACAGGAAACCAGAUCAGCAGCAAGGCCAGGCCCGGUUCAGUGGAGCAGAAGGCCCAGGGAGCUCCUUCAUCCUCCGUGUUUGUCCCGCGAGGACGGGGGCAAAAGCUCACUUGCAAUACGGGGAGAAGGUGUGGUCACCCCGUCACCAUCGUUCCAACUGAAAACCUCUGAGAUGCUUCUGCGUGCUCUCCAAGCACCCUGCACGGAAACACGGCUAUUCGGAACGCGCCGAGCUGGCCGGGACCUGCCAUCGGCAAACGGGACCUACAGUUGGCCGCAGACAGCGCAGAAGAGAAACAGUCCUUCCUGUGGGGACACUGCAGUCCUGCAAGUCUGCACCUGGAGCAGGGCGGGUCCUAGCCAGCCCUCUGGACGAGGGGCAUCUCUUCCCCCCAGCCCAGGUCACCGCUGUCCAUAUUUCCUGGUACCCACGGCUGACCCAACCAAGGCUUCCCGCAGCCAGUCCUUCUCUCUCCUCGCCCAAGCUACCUGCCACAGCCAGCAGCAGUCCCCGAGCUGCGGGCGGCCCCGUGUGAACAAGGGGAGCGCCAGGGCCCCUCUGCACCAGCCCCUUUGGGAAAGCCGGGCUAAGCCCUUCAGAGCCCUUCACGGAAGCAGUCCUUUAUCUGGCGGGUCAGUGCAGAGGCUCCAGGGCCCGGCGGCGCAUAUCAUCCGGGCUGAAAGUCCCGAAACCAAAAUGACCUCUGAGGGUGAGGCCGGAGACACGCUUCUGUGGGUUCAGCUGCUGCUGCUGCUACAGCCCCCCAGAAAUGCCGCUGUGUCCUCGGGACUGUGA